CGGGCUGCUCCUGCUGCUCUGCGCCGCGCUGCCCGCCGAGCCCCGCGCUCAGGGAGGCGUAUUCAUCAAGAAACAAAAUGCUGACAAGUUUUUGGAAAGAACAAAACGGGCCAACUCUUUCUUUGAGGAAAUGAGAAAAGGGGAUAUUGAAAGGGAAUGCAAUGAGGAGCGCUGCUCAAAAGAAGAAGCAAGAGAAGCUUUUGAAGACCAGGAGAAAACUGAGGAAUUCUGGAACAUCUAUGUAGAUGGGAACCAAUGCAGUUCAAAUCCUUGUCACUAUGGUGGCCACUGUAAAGAUGGAAUUGGUUCCUACACUUGCACCUGCUUGGAUGGUUAUCAAGGCAAGAACUGUGAAUUUGUCAUACCAAAGUUCUGCAGAAUAAACAACGGGGACUGUGAGCAGUUCUGCAGUGUCAGGAGAGAUGUACGGAAGGAUGUAGUGUGUUCCUGUGCAGAUGGGUAUGCUCUAGCAGAGGAUGGCAAGAGCUGUGUUGCAAAAGUAAAAUACCCUUGUGGAAAAAUUUUUGUGCCAAGGAACAAAAGGUCUGUUCUUUCACCUGCUGACUAUAGCAAUGGAACAAGUGAUCAGGGAGACCCUCCUGCAAACGAAACCAGCACAGAGGAGUACUUUGCAAUUACCACAGAAAGCCCAACCCUUCCACCUAACAACAGAACAAGCAGCAAGACUCCCUAUGUCGAUACCAGGAUAGUUGGUGGGGAUGACUGUCUUCCUGGCCAAUGCCCAUGGCAGGCUGUUCUGUUAGAUGAGCAAGGAGAAGAGUUUUGUGGUGGAACUAUUCUGAAUGAGAAUUUUAUACUUACUGCAGCUCACUGCAUAAACCAAACCAAAGAAAUCAAAGUUGUUGUUGGUGAAGUGGACAGAGAGAAGAAAGAACAGUCUGAAUCAAUGCACACUGUGGAAAAAAUGCUUGUACAUUCCAAAUUUAUUCUUGAGACUUAUGAUAAUGACAUCGCCUUAUUAAAGCUGAAGGAACCUAUCAGGUUUUCGGAGUUCAUCGUUCCAGCAUGUCUCCCCAAAGCAGAUUUUGCUAAUGAAGUUCUGAUGACCCAAAAAUCUGGGAGGGUUAGUGGCUUUGGGCGUGAAUUUGAAGGUGGUCGAAGAUCCAAGAAACUGAAAGUGCUCGAAGUCCCCUACAUAGAUAGGAACACUUGUAAGCAAUCCACUAACUUAGCUAUAACUGAGAACAUGUUCUGUGCUGGUUAUGAAACAGAGAAAAAGGAUGCUUGCCAAGGAGACAGUGGUGGCCCCCAUGUGACCAGAUAUAAGGAUACUUACUUUGUGACUGGAAUUGUUAGCUGGGGUGAAGGAUGUGCAAGGAAAGGCAAAUACGGUGUCUACACCAAACUGUCCCGGUUCUUGCGUUGGGUUAGAACAGUCAUGAGUUUGUAGUGGUGGUGCGUGCCUUGAUCCUUCUUGUUAACUGCCAAGGUGCAGGAUUGGUAAUGGAACUUUCUUUUCCUGCACAUCUGCUAAGUUUCUUUUGAGAUCUGAUUCCUUAAAGUUAUGGUCUGCUUCCAUUUGUAUUAUUCUUGGCUUUAGAGCACAUCUCUGUGACCUGUGGAGGUGCUUGGACUUGUUGAAAGAGGGAAUUUUCCCAAGCCAAAAGGCUGCUGAGUGGUGUCUUUGGCUUCAUUAUUUAUCAAUGACCAUUUUGUUUGCUGUCUGUUGACACGAGUGCUCCUACCAGAGGCUCCUAAACAUGUUCUGCACAGUUACUAAUCAUGAUGAAAGCCGGAAGGAUGGGUGUAAGUUAAUGCUCAUAUUGCAGCCAUCUGGCUCAAGAAGGAGGUUGUCCAUCCUGGACCCAUCUAGUUUCUACUUUUAGUUGUGUUCAGAAGAUUAUGUCAGCAGAGGAUUUUGUGUGGCAAAAGCUGAGACACAAGUAAUCAAUCUAUGUUUGAUGCAAUAUAACCACAUCUUCCACAAAAUGUCCUGAUCUGACCACAGCAGCUCAUUAAAGAAGGUUUUUGAUUUAUAAGGAUUGCACGUCGCUUUAGUUUUAUUUGUUCUUGCUCCUCAUCAGAAAGAUAUAUGUGCAUGGUCCCUAUUUUGCAUAUCUUGUUCUGGAUUGUAUAUGACCUGGUAUUGGAAAGCUCCUUGCAAGUGGAUUGUUCUAGAUAUUUC